AUGGGUACCCUAUUGUUUUUCAAUUGCCUCGGAAAUUUUUCUGCUACAGAGAAGGGUUCAGGAAAGAGGAUUGCUUUCGAGCCUUGUGGGAACGAAGUGAGGAAGGAAGGGUUUGAUGGCUUCACAAAAGGAGAUGGGGGUUUUAGGCAACGAAUGAAGUUUAAAUUUUUGAAGAUUUCCUCUGCAAAUCAAGCCAUAACAGCAUCAAAGAGAAUCAAUUUCGAAACCCCAGAAAAACCCGACUCGGUUAUCGCGUUCUUGUGUGACCAUUGCUUCACCAAACCCCAAGCCUUAAAUGCCAUCAGAAAGGUUCCCCAAGUCAUUAUGUCCAAUCCAGAGAAAAGCCUUUUGCCCAAACUCGAAUUUUUCAAAUCUAAAGGCUUUUCAAGCACAGAUAGAACGUUAUCUGCUAUUAAACACUCUUCUGGGCUGGUUUUGGUUAAUCUCGACUCUCGUAUGACACCCAAUGUUGAACUUCUGCGGGAGUUUACAAUGAUCUCAGUGAGUAAACUUGCUUGGAAGAAGAAGAUUGAGGUUUAUAAGAAGUGGGGUUUGUCCGAGGAUGAGAUUCUUGGGGCUUUUGGGAAGUAUCCGUGGUUUAUGAUGGUGUCCGAGGAAAAGAUCACGAGAAUGAUGGACCUUUUGGUCAAUAAAAUGGGUUUAGAAUCUUCACGUGUUUCAAAAGGGCCACAACUCUUAUCAUUAAGCUUCGAGAAGAGGAUUGUUCCAAGGUGUUUGGUUUAUCAAGCAUUGCAAGCAAAAGGUUUGAUCAAGAAACCAAAAAUUAGCUUUAGUCCGAUGACGGAGUCUCCUGAAACACGGUUCAUAACAAAGGUUGUGGAGGUGGCUAAGGAAGAAGCUACGGAGCUAUUGAAGAUGUACGAGAAAAAUUUGGCACUUGCAAAUUAA